AUGCAGCUCCCACAUAAUGCGCCAGCAGCGCUCCUGGCGACCCUCCUUGCGGCGCCGCAGCUGGCAUCGGCCUUUUACCUGCCCGGCGUCGCCCCGACCUCGUACAAGCCCGGCGACGAUGUCCCUCUCUACGUCAACAGCAUCCGCCCCGUGGCCGCGCCGCAAGAUGCCCGACUGCACUCGGUCGUGUCCUACGACUACUACCAUCCCGCCUUCCAGUUCUGCAAGCCAGAGGGCGGCCCGAAAUAUGUGUCGGAGAGCCUGGGGAGCAUCCUGUUUGGCGACAGGAUCAUGACUUCGCCCUUCGACCUCAAGAUGGGCCAGAACGAGACGUGCAAGUCGCUGUGCGCGGUCAAGUACCAGGAGAAGUCGGUUGAAUUUGUCACGACGAGGAUUGAGCAGGGUUACAGCUUGAACUGGCUUGUGGAUGGACUUCCUGCCGGCCAGCAGAUCCAGGACCAGCUCACGGGCACGACCUUUUACAGCCCUGGAUUCCUGCUGGGACAGGACGACGAGGCGAGCAACAUCAUUUUCAACAACCACUACGAGAUCUGGGUCGAGUACCACGAGGUCAAUAAGAACCCGAACCAGCUUCGAGUUGUCGGCGUUGUUGUCCAGCCCAGCUCCAAAAAGUACGAGGGAGAUGCCGAUUGCGGCGACAACCACCAGUCGCUCAUCUUCGCUCACGGCGGCGGGCCGCAGGAUGUCAAGUUUAGCUACAGCGUGUACUGGGUCAAGUCGCCCACUGCCUGGGCCACCCGAUGGGACAAGUACCUGCACGUCUUCGACCCCAAGAUCCACUGGUUCUGGCUCGUCGACACGGCCAUCAUCGUCGUCAUCCUUGUGCUUACCGUCAUGUCUAUUUUGGUCCGAACGUUGAAGAAGGAUAUUGCGCGAUACAAUCGCCUGGACCAGAUCAAUCUGGACGACCUGAGCGGCACUUCGGUGCUUGAAGAUGGAGUUCAGGAGGACUCGGGAUGGAAGCUGGUCCAUGGCGACGUGUUCCGAUCUCCCUCGCGUCCGCUGCUGCUCUCUGUACUUUUGGGUAACGGAGCCCAGCUGUUUGUCAUGACUGGAUUCACCAUUCUGUUUGCCCUGCUUGGUUUCCUCUCGCCCUCUAACCGAGGGUCCUUGGGCAGCAUCUCCAUCAUUCUUUAUACCAUUCUCGGAAUUGUUGGAGGCUACGUCUCUGCCAGAACUUACAAAUCCAUGGGUGGCGAGCAGUGGAAGGUUAACAUUGCUCUUACCCCUCUGCUUGUCCCCGGUAUCGUAUUUACCGCCUUCUUCCUCUUGAACCUUUUCCUCUGGGCCAAGCAGUCCUCUGGCGCCGUUCCUUUCACAACUAUGCUCGUCAUUGUCGGUAUCUGGUUCGUCAUCUCAAUCCCUCUCUCCUUUACGGGCUCUUGGCUCGGUUUCAAGGCCGUUCAGAUCGAGGCUCCCGUCCGCACCAAUCAAAUUCCCCGCCAAAUUCCUCCUGUUACGACAUACCUCAAGCCCAUUCCUAGCAUGCUCAUUGUUGGUCUGCUGCCAUUUGGUGCCAUCUUCGUUGAGCUGUACUUCAUCAUGAGCUCAAUCUGGUUCAGCCGUAUCUACUACAUGUUCGGCUUCCUCUUCCUCUGCUACGGCCUCAUGAUUGCAGUCUGCGGCGCCGUCACCAUUCUCAUGACAUAUUUCCUCCUGUGUGCCGAGAACUACAACUGGCAAUGGAGAUCUUUCCUGGCUGCUGGAAUGAGCGGAGGUUACGUCUUCCUCAACUGCCUCUUGUAUCUGAUUACCAAGGUGAAGCUUGGUGGUUUUGCGGGAGUAGUCCUGUACAUUGGUUACAGUGCUUUGAUUUCCUUCCUGUUCUUUAUUCUUGCUGGCACCAUUGGCUACUUCUCUUCUUGGUGGUUUGUAAGAAAGAUUUACUCUUCAAUCAAGAUUGAUUAA